AUGUCUACAAUAGUAACAUCAUCCUGCGCUGGUAAUGGGUUAUCCAACAGCCCGCUCUCGCUUUUUGCAAACAAGUAUUUUCAAGAUUAUGGCAUUGCUUCCUCGACAAGGAAAUUAAUUGAACAAGGAAGAAAUACGGCAGAUUCCUUUCGUUUUUCAAAUCUUGAAAGAAAGAGGCAAGAAACUGGAAGAAAUAAUGAUAACGAAGAGUUGAAUAGCUGGAAUCAUUUUAUUCAACUGAGUGAAGAUAAUGGAAAUUGGCUUACGACUGAAUUCAUGAUUUCAGAACAAGGGAUAGAGGAAGAAGAGUUUCGGCAAGAAUGGAGUGAUGAGAAGUUCACUGAGGUUUAUAUCAAACAACGCGGGCUGAACCAACCUCAUAAGGACAAAACUUCUUUACAAAACAUACCGAUACAUUCUUGUGAGCAUCCAUUCGUUAAAGAAUUUAUAAGUAUUACGGCGUGUCAAGAUUCAUCCUUUCUCCGUUUUUCACCUGAAGAGUAUUCCUCGUUUAUGGCUAAUGAUCAUGCUAUCGCAUACAAUACUCUACAUAACGACUUACUCCAAGCUCAAAUUUAUCUCCUUGAUCACCUUCUGUUCACUAUCUUAGAAUACCCAAUGACAAUAACUUGUAGACCCUCACCAGAGGCGGAAUGGAAUUGGGCUAGAUUAUUUUCACCCUCGCGAUGGUGUAGUAAUAAUAAGGACAACGAUACUAAAACGUUGGAUGGUAAUUACCUACAAAAUGUGGCAUUAGAAAGGUUGCAAAUUUUGCUGGGGCAUAUAAUUGAUCCCGAUAUCGAUCAGAAGGAUAAAGGAACGAGGUAG